AUGGAUUCAAGGGCCAGAAAAUUGGUGAAUCUCGCCAUAAAUAAUGACAGUGCAGCAAUGAAUGAGAAUACAGAUGAAACAGUAAGUGACUUUUCUAGUGACGAUUCUUUGGCCGAUCCUAACUACUCUCCGGGCAGCUUACUUACACAACAUAAAGAAAUGGAAAUUGCUGUUCCUAAUGCAUCUGUGGAUAUGCAUAUAACGCCAGACAAUGAGACACCUGAAAACAUUGGAGAUAUUUCUUUGCUACAACAAAACCAACCAGUGUCCUGUAGAAAAAAGAAGCAGGAAAACUAA